AUGGAUUUCCAAUUGGAGCUUUUUCGUAACUUAGCCCAGAAUCAAGAUUGGACAAUGGCACAUGCUUGUACCGAUUCUUAUGGCAAGACUUUGAAGAAAUGGCAUGGGUGGCUUGCUUAUUCAAGUUUCACUGUUUGUAUCAAGCUUGUUCCUGAUAGGAAGAAGUUCCUGGAAGUGAUCAGGGGCACAGGGGAUAUCUAUUCUGAUAUGGAAAAAUUUAGCACAAACUUUUCACCACUUCUUCGAGAUAUCCACAAGUUUCUGUUUGAAGACAGAUGCCUCCACUUCUAUAGUGGCUUCAAGCAGGAAGAUUUAUUGUUGGGUGUGUAA